AACGAAAAGUAACUGUGUAGGGAAUAUUUCAUUCUAAUUUGCAGACACUUUUUAUUUAGUACAGAAGAAUCAGAGAUUUUUUUUCCUCUAUAAUUUUACAUUUCUAUUUUUUUGCGUUCGAUCCUGUCCUUUUUAAAAAAUCUUAUGUUAUUUAAUUGAAUCAUUCUGGCGUUUAUUUUUCACAAAAUAAAAUGGCAAUAUUGGAAGAAGAUAUAUCUUAUCCCUCGUAAAUACCUUUUUAAUAACAUUAACUCAAAAGCAGUGAGAGACAAAAUGUCAGCUGACAUUAGUUUGUUCGAUUUGGUGAACCUGUCGAUCGGGACACCUGAAGUUGGAGCUGUCAACUUCAAUGCGUUACAUACCCUCCUCCACGCUUUCCUGGGACACCUGAAAAUCCAAAAUGUGACCACCGGCUGGAGAGAGCAGGAUGCCCCGCCACAGGAGCCCCAUGGUUCGUAUAUGACCAAGUCCUCUAGCCCGUACCAUCACAUGGAAGACAAACUUCGGCAGAUAGGGUCAACGACUUGUUGCAGCUGAUGCAGCUCCGCCGCAAGGCUCAGGCGAGUGAGGACGGCGUGUCCAAGUCUAUAUCGCUGAUCCAGGAUCUGCUGAAGGAGAUCCAGGACCUGAAGGAGUCCAGAGACGACCUGAAGAAAGAGAUCAAGAGCCUCCAGAACCAACUCAACCAGCUGAAUAUGAGUGAGCUGGUUGACAGAAUCAAUGAAGUGGAACAGUACUGCCACCGACUGGACAACCUGGACUCUGCCACCAAAGAGCUGCAGGACAGAGUUUGGUGUUACCCAGACCCAGACGAGCUCAUCCAGUGUGUGACCUGGGACAUCAUGCAGACCACCUUGGUUAGCGAGCAACAGAAUCUGCAAAAGGCAUGUCUUAUGUCUUGCUUGAAAGAGAAAUCAGGCACUCAGUCCCUGUCCCCUCCUUUCAGCGCCUCAAUCAAUGCCAAUACUGGAGCUGCUGCCUUCACUCCUGGCACUGUCACUGCCACCGGAGGUCCUUCUCAGAUGGAGCUGCAGCCUUCACUCCUGGCACUGUCACUGCCAGCCAGCAUGGGUGGGGCGCUGCCCCAGCAGUCCCUCUCUGAUGGAGCUGCUGCCUUCACUCCUGUCACUGCCAGCCAGCAUGGGGGAGCACUGCCCCAGCAGUCCCUCUCUGAUGGAGCUCUGAUGGUGGGCAGCAAACCCCUGUCUCAUGUGGCCAGCGGGGCAGAGCGUUACCCAGAGACAGUGGAGGCCCUGAGGGACGUGGGCAGGCUCAGGGAGAGACACAACACCCUGGAGACCAGAGUAGAGCUGCUGGAAGCAGGCAAGGCCGACCAGGCCCAGCUCCAGCACCUCCGGGAGCUCCUCACUGACUUGGGUGACAGGGAUGUGCCUGACAAACUGUUGGAUCAACUGACUCAUCUGAGAGUUCUGGUCGACAGCCUGAUGGGUGACAGAGCCAAGCUGGGAGAACUGGAGCAGCUGAUUCUGAACAUAGGGACAGUUCAGGGCUUAGAGGGAGGCUCAGAAACAGCCAAAGGGUCAGACAGUGAGGACUCCUCUGACUCUCCUAAGCAAGGACAGCUCAGACUGCAGAUAUUAUACCUCAGGAACGCAGUGCAGAAAGUGGAGGAAGAGGUGCUACUGCUGAAGACUGAGAACACUUCAGCCAAGGCUGAGCAGAAGACCAAGAAAGACAGACAGCUACAGGAUCAGAUGGACAACCUGCGAGGCAUGCUGGAGGACAUGAUGGCGUCCUCCUCCUCGCUGCUCUCCCAGAGCCUCCAGCAGGGGUCAGAGCAGGGCCAGGGCAGCGGGCAGGCAGGCGGGCAGCAAGGCUCCACGUGCCCCUCCUGCUCUGUAGACAUGAGCAGGAAGGUCAGCCAGCUGUUCCAGCUCUAUGAGAAUCUGCAGGGCCUGAGCUCUGAACUGAUGAAUGACGUUCAGGGAGCCGUCAUACAACUGCAGGCUGAGUGUGAGAAGCUCCACGGCACAGCCAACCACCUGAUUGAGGAGCACAGCCAAAAACAGGUCCACAUCGACCAUCUGUACAAGUCAAUGGAAGAACUGGACGAGAAGAAAGCUGACAAAGAGCUUGUGGAGAUGGAGUUUGAAAUUAAAGGAGACAAGCGUGCCCUGGAGACCAAGGUGAGCCGCAUGCAGUUUGACUCCAUGACAGAGGAGCUCAACACCAUGUUCCAGGAGCUGCUCAGCAAGAUCACCGGCCAGGAGCAGGACUGGCACAAAAUCAUUGACAAAAUCUCCACCGAGAUGGAGUGCAAGCUGGACCGGAUUGAGCUGGAUCCUGUGAAGAAGCAGCUAGAGGACCGCUGGAAGGGCAUCCGUAAGCAGCUGCAGGCCCAGCCUGCCCCGAAGGAGGACGACGCUGCAGGCAUCAGGAAGUAAAUCACGUGUCACUGGUCACAGCCAGGCCCAGCCUGCCCCGAAGGAGGACGACGCUGCAGGCAUCAGGAAGUAAGUCACAUGUCACUGGUCAC